GCGGGGCCAAGAUGGCGGCGCCCAGCGGCGGGGGAGCGAUGGCGGCGGCGGCCUCGGCCUCAGGGGGGAACCGCGGGCGGCCGCCCCCCGUCACCCCCCGGCAGAUCCGCGAUCUCAUCGAUGGCGGCAUCGCCACCGAGGGGCCCGGGCCCGGCGGGAAAGACACAUCUGACUGCUCAGAGCAAGCUAAUGGACCUUCCCAAAUGGAGGCUCUGUCCUUGGAGUCUGCCAGCAGGGAAGCUUAUUUCAGCAGAGUGGAAACAUUCACCCCGCUGAAGUGGGCGGGGAAGCCGCCGUCGCUGUCGCCGCUGGUGUGCGCCCGGUUCGGCUGGCAGAACGUGGAGUGUGACAUGCUGCGGUGCUCCAGCUGCCAGGCACAUCUGUGCGUGAGCCUGCAGCUGGCCUUCGACCUCAGCAACUACAAGGAGCGCUGUGAGGAGCUCAGGAGGGCCCUGAGCACUGCCCAUGAGAAGUUCUGCUUCUGGCCAGACAGCCCCUGCCCAGAUCGCUUUGCCAGGCUGCUGGUGGAUGAGCCCAGAGUUCUCCUCCAGGAUUUCCUGGAUCGUUUCCAGAGCCUGUGCCAGCUGGAGCUGCAGCUGCCCUCCCUCAGACCAGAAGAUCUGAAAAACAUGUCCCUGACAGAGGAAAGGAUCACUCGGCUCCUCCAGCUCAUCGAGGAGGAGCUGGAGCACAAAGGAACAGAGGGAGAAAAGACUCCUGGGAAGAUUUCCACAGAAAUCCUGCAGGUGCAGGUUCCUGCCUGUAUCCUGGCACUGUGUGGCUGGACCUGCAGCGCCGCCUCCGGCUCCAUGAACCUGCCGGUGAUCACCUGCUCCCGCUGCAUGCGCAGGGUGGGGCUGUGGGGUUUCCAGCAGCUGGAAUCUGCUGCAGGCCCUGAGCUGGAUUCCUGCAGCUCCAGCAGCUCCGCCCCAGCCGCUCCCGAGCGCUUCCCGCCCGUCCCCACGUCCCCACGCAGGAUGCUGACACGGAGCCAGGACCCAGCAUCCGAGCAGCAGCACGAGAAGAGCCCAUCCCCAGCCGUGUCCCGCCCCAGGGGCUGGGAUUCCCCCAGCUCCAUGGACAGGGGUGAGCUGGAUGUGAGCAGCCCUGCCCUGAGGAGCCGCCCUGUCACCAGGAGCAUGGGACAAGGGGACACCAUGGAGGUGCCAUCGAGUCCCGUGCGCAGGGCCAAGCGGGCGCGGCUCUGCUCCUCCAGCAGCUCGGACACUUCCUCGAGGAGCUUCUUUCACCCCAGCUCCCAGCACCGGGACUGGUGUCCCUGGGUCAGCACUGGGGAGGGAGAGGAGUCCCUGCAGGAUUCUGCAUCCCAGACAGAGAAGGAGCCUGGCAAGGCCGAGCCAGGAUGGGAAGUGGUGCUGAAGAGGCUCCUUGGCAUCCAAAAAUGUGACACAGUGCCUGAAACAGAGCCAGUGAGUCUCUCAGAGAAAUCCUGCAAGGUGUUCAGAAUUUUCAGGCAGUGGGAGAGCCUGGAUUCCUCCUGAGCAGCAGCAUGGGGACAUCAUGAGAGAGCCAAACCUCUCUGUGGUUGCUGCAGCAGGAAGAGGAUCUGAGGAAGUUCUGCUCAAACAGAGCCCUGACCACACUGGAUCACCUUCUCCUGCCUUCACCAACUGCUGCUGUGUCCCUCAGCUCUGAGGGAUGUGCCAGGGACACGUGGGGUGGCACUGUCCCCUCGUCACCCCCGUGGUGUCCAGCUGGAAGGGACACCAGGUGGGAAUAAACAUUUCAGUUUUAUUGUU